ACUUGCAACCCCCACCCUGUAGCUACAACCUCUCUAGUGGUGUUAGGCGCUGAGAUAGCCUUCGAUCUGCCACCCUAACUUGAAUACCUCUAAGCAGCGAUAUCUUACAGGAGUGAUAAAUACCGUGACGAGCAGCAAACAUGGCUCCGAGAUUGUUUUGGAUCGGAUUGGGCAACAUGGGACGGGGAAUGUCCGCAAACAUCGUGGAAAAAGCGAACCUCGACCAGCCGCUCCUGAUCUAUAACCGCACCAAGCAAAGGUGCAUCGAUCUCAGCGAGAAGCUGCCCGCCGGAAAGACGGAAAUCGUUGACUCCAUUGCAGAGGGCGUGAGCAAGGCGGACAUCAUCUUCAACAUCCUCUCCAAUGACGCGGUGGUGGAAGCAUCCAUCGCUGAGAUUCUGAAGAAUGACGUCAAGGGCAAGCUUAUUAUCGAGUGCUCGACUAUUCACCCCGAUACGACUGAGAAGAUUGCUCAGCAAGUCGAAGCUGCGGGAGCUCAAUUUGUUGCAGCUCCUGUCUUUGGUGCCCCAGCCAUGGCGGACGCGGGUCAGCUCGUAGGUGUCCUGGCAGGACCCAAGGCCUCGGUGGACAGAGCUAGGCCUUACUUCAAGGGGGUCACAGCCAAGGCCGAGAUCAACAUGAGCGACGAGCCUUAUCGCAAGGCAUUAACGCUCAAGCUCAUCGGAAAUACCUUCGUUCUCAACAUGGUUGAGCAACUCGCCGAGGGCCACGUCCUAGCUGAGAAGUCCGGGUUAGGCACGGACUACUUGCACCAGUGGAUCGAGGGCAUGUUUCCGGGUCCCUAUGCGGCCUAUUCGACUCGGAUGCUCACGGGGGAUUAUCACAAACGCGAAUACCCUCUCUUCACCGUCGAUCUUGCGAGGAAAGAUGCAGGCCAUGCGAUGAGCCUUGCAAAGGAGGCAGGUGUGAGGUUGCACAAUGUGGAAACGGGCGAUGCCCACCUCGCUGAGCUCAAGGCGCAUGUUGGAGAGAAGGGUGAUAUCGCCGGUAUCUAUGGCGCGGUCAGGAUGGAGAACGGCUUGCCAUAUGAAAACGAGUAAGCGUGGAGCUGUAUUAUCUCUAGAAGUAUUGGGGUCUAAGCACUGAAGAGUACAGCUGUCGAGACUGGGGUGGCCGCUGUGAUAUUUGUAUUUUGGAAGGGUAACUUGUUAUCAGAUGAUCUGAUUACCCCCGGUGUGGAGUAGCGACGGAAGAAAUCUGGAAGCUCCAAUUUGUGGGGUUUUUUUGCUUG